UUGUAGCUGUUGCUUGAAAUAUGUUUCACUUUCGGACAAGUGCAACUUACAAUGUUAAAAGAGUGCUGGACUGUGCGACAACAAUAUAAAGUUUGAUCAGUAUGGAGCGGCAUAAAUCACUGCCUCUAAUAUGUGGACAAGCGUUAGCUGCAGAGACGAAAUGUUUUACCUGUUGCCUACCUGAAUAAACGUAUACUGUUUCUUCAGCUAUGUUGAUAAGCUGAUGCGGUAUGACAAGACUGAACCAAAAUUUGUUGGUUUUGUCUAUAUUUUGUGCAAUGUGUACGAUCGUGUUCGUACAUUUGUUUAUAUUUCCCGUCUAUCAGGCGCAACCGAAGAAAAAGGUAAUGAAAUAUUUGGGCGAUUACGAGCAGUCGCUUUGUACGUACAAUCUAAAACUAUCACGUACACGUUCAGGAAGGUAUCACUGUCCGAAAGAUGGCAUUGUUACUGUUUCUCAAGGUGGUCGCCUUGGAAACCAGAUGUGGGAAUAUGCUUCAGUAUGGGCAGUAGCAAGGAGAACAGGAUUGGAACCGUAUGUACCAAGGUGCAUUCGUAAAGUGCUUGACGAAAUAUUUGAUGAUCUCAGUAUACCACCGCUUUUUUAUGUCUCUCAUUGCCCAGCAAAAUGGGAUGGAAUUAUCAAGUCCCCAGAUUGGUGGAUGUACACAAACCAGAGUAUUCUUUUGCCUAGGUUUUCCAUUUUACCAGAGCUAGUGCUUUCGUGGGUUGAUGACAUAAGACAUGAAUUUAAGUUUAAGAAGAAAUAUGCAGAUGCCAGUCAAAACGUUCUUAGAACUGCUACACAAUUGAUGAACAAUAGCAAUUUAACUUUUGUUGGUGUUCAUGUGAGGAGGACAGACUAUCGGCAGUAUCUGUGGAGAACACGAAAAAUGAAUUUAGCAGGUCCUGAAUAUUUUCAUAAUGCAAUGGGCUAUUUUCGUGAGAGGUACAGGAGUGGUGUUGCAUUCUUGGUGGUAAGUGAUGAUCCGAGCUGGUGUCGACAUAACCUGGUAAAAGAUCACACUGAUGUAUUUGUUGUGAGCAAAGCAGGUGUCACCAGCCCAGGUCAAGACCUUGCCACCAUGGCUGCUUGCAACCACUCAAUUAUAGACUAUGGUACCUUUGGUGUAUGGGGUGCAAUCUUGGCAAGUGGGGAAACUAUUCUAUAUAAUAUAACUAAACAUUCAUCUGUACGUGUGUCUGAAUUACUUCCAAAUUGGCAUAUAAUGAGUUAGCAAUUCUGAUACAUGUCGAUGAUGUUGGAGGUUUAGUUCAUUUUAUAGA